AUGCAAUCCCGAAGCACAGCAAUCCCAAAUGCCCCGCGUUGGUCCUUGGGACUGUCUUCCACUGUGGGGUGUCCGCCUUCCGCCUACACCACCCCCCAAUCUCCCCUUCGGUCGGGGAAUCCCGGUGGGUCUUCCACCGCAUUGUCCUUUCUUUCGCGCUUCUCUGGGACUUUAGUUGGCUGUGACUUGCCAGUGGAGCAGGAAGUUCAGUUCAGGCUUCACGACAAGGCCUUCAGUCCCGCACAGCUCCGCAACCGUUGCAGCGAGAGGCUGGCUGUCUGUCCGCACUCUGCCUCGUCGCUCGCUGCAAUGACACGUGGCGGGCCUCAAGCGGCAGUAGCUCUAGCAGCCUGCGCGGCGGCCGGUACGGCCUGCCUCGUGUGGGCCCUCCGUGGUCGUUACCUCCAGGUUUUCCUCGGGACAGAUCCCGAGAAAGGCAGAGGGAAUGGCGGGAAUGGAGAGAAGGAACGGCAGGGAGUCACGCUGACGUCACUGAACCACCUGAUCGCGUUGACGGGUGACAGCUGGCACUCCUCGCUUCAGCGGCUCGCGAUUGGACAGAUGGUCAUCGGCUUGAAGCUCACCAAAGAACCGAGACUCGCAGCCAUCCCCUCGCCGCUGCCUGACUCACUCGCCAUGCUGGCAUCUCUGCGUGACGUGGACCUGUCGGCCAAUGGGCUUUCGACAUUCCCCGACGCCCUGAUGUCCGUUCCUGAGCUCAAAAAACUGAAUCUUUCGAGAAACAAACUCACAAGUCUUCCUCAAUCAAUUCGCCAGCUCGCCCACCUGGAGCACCUGGACCUGGGCCGAAACCACCUGCCAGGUGUGCCUGAGGAGAUUGGGCACCUGACGAAGCUCCUGACGCUCAACCUGAUGUGCAACCAGCUGGAGAGCCUACCUGAGAGCAUCGGGCGGCUCACGAGGGUGUUUCGCCUGGGGCUCAAAAGCAACAGGCUCAGCGCCCUGCCCUCAUCAAUAGGCGGCAUGACCUCUCUGGUGGAGCUCUACCUGACGGACAAUCGCCUCACCGGUCUGCCUGACUCCAUCGGCUGCUGCACCAACCUCGUCAAGCUACAGGCCUCCUUCAACCAGCUCUACGCCCUGCCGGAUUCCAUGGGCCGUCUCACUCGUCUUGAGCUGCUCCGUCUCGCAGCCAACAACCUGCACGCCCUGCCCUCAUCCCUCGCGCUGCUGCCCCGCCUGGCGUGGCUGUCGCUCGCCAGCAACCCCUUCUGCCCGCCGCUGCCGCCGCACCACCAGGGGGUGGAGGAUAUUCCCUUUGGGGAGCUGCAGCUGGGGAGGAAACUGGGCGACGGUGCAAGCGGUGACGUGUAUGCAGCAGUGUGGCACGGGCACGAGGUGGUGUUCAAGCAGUUCAACAGCGAGACCAGUCCGGACGGGCGGGCAGUGGAUGAGAUCGCCAUGACUGCUGCUGUCGACCACCCCCACCUCGUGCAGGUGCUGAUGGGGGGGGUGCUGCCUGGGAGGGAGUGUUUGCUUGACGGUGCCGUCAUGUCGUUCUCACCUCGUGCAGGUGCUGCCUGGGGAGGGGUGCUGCCAGUGGUGCUGCUAGUGGAGGGUGCUGCUCAUGCGGCAAUCCUUCACUCAUGGUUCGAAGGGCUGCUCAUGCGGCAAUCCCUGCCUGCUCCCUUUCUGCUCCACAUACGCAUUCCCCCCAGCCCCUCUCACUCCCCCUCUCACUCCCCCUCUCACUCCCCCUCUCACUCCCCCUCUCACUCCCCCUCUCACUCCCCCUCUCACUCCCCCUCUCACUCCCCCUCUCACUCCCCCUCUCACUCCCCCUCUCACUCCCCAUCUCACCCCCCUUCUCUGCCUGCCAUCUGCACCCCUUCCGCUCCACACAUCCGUCCCUCCCACCCAACCCUGCUCACUCCCCUUUUUCGUCCCCCUUGUGUUGCUCUCCCUUCCUGUCCCCGCCCCUGCCAGGCAGGUGGAGGCAACAGUGGAGCAGCCCCACGGGUGGAGGCAACAGUGGAGCAGCCCCACGGGUUGGUCAUGCGCCGCGUGUUUGGCAGGGCCAUGGCGGAUCCCCCCAAUGGUGAAUCGCUGCUGCGCUGCCGCUGGCCUCCCUCCGCCUCCUACUCACUCGCCACUGUGGUGGCUGUGGGGAGGGGGCUGGCAUCGGCGUUGGAGUGGAUGCAUGCGCGGGGGUGGGCGCAUGGGGACGUGUAUGCUCACAACGUUCUUGUGGAUGACAAGGGGUUCGCUGUCCUGUGUGACUAUGGUGCAUCCUUCCCCUACCCUCGCCACAGUGCCAUCCCAUUUGAGUCACAUGAGGUGAGAGCACUUGCCCUGCUGCUUCAGGGCCUCUGCACCCGCCUCUCAGCCCCUGAGACGACAGCAGAGCUUCAGAGCCGGGAGCAGCUGGGGCGGCUGGUUGAUGCGUGCGUUGGAGGGACUGCGAAGGAGCGACUGAGUUUUAGGGAUUUUGGAGAGCAGUUGGCUGCUAUUUCCAGGAGCCAUGUUUGA